AUGUCGUUGAGCCCCAAGCACACGACGCCCUUCUCCGUGUCCGACAUCCUGAGCCCCAUCGAGGAGACCUACAAGAAGUUCGGCGGCGCCAUGGACGGCGCGCCGCCCGGCCUGGGGGCGCCCCUGGGGGCCGCGGCCGCAGCCGCCGCCGCCGCCUACCGCGCGCCGCCGCCCGGCCCCUCCUCGCAGGCCGCGGCCGUGGCGGGCAUGCAGCCACCCCACGCCAUGGCGGGCCACAACGCGGCGGCGGCUGCGGCGGCGGCAGCGGCAGCGGCGGCGGCAGCCGCCACCUACCACAUGCCACCAGGCGUCUCGCAGUUCCCGCACGGCGCCAUGGGCGGCUACUGCAACGGCGGCUUGGGCAACAUGGGCGAGCUGCCGGCGUACUCGGACGGCAUGCGGGGCGGCGCGGCCGCGGCUACCGGAUGGUACGGCGCCAACCCGGACCCGCGCUACUCGUCAAUCUCCAGGUUCAUGGGGCCGUCGGCGGGCGUGAACAUGGCCGGCAUGGGGUCAUUGACGGGCAUCGCCGACGCCGCCAAGUCGCUGGCGCCGCUGCACGCGGCGGCGGCGGUGGCAGCGCCACGAAGGAAGCGCCGCGUGCUCUUCUCGCAGGCGCAGGUCUACGAGCUGGAGCGGCGCUUCAAGCAGCAGAAGUACCUGUCGGCACCCGAGCGCGAGCACCUGGCCAGCAUGAUUCACCUGACGCCGACGCAGGUCAAGAUCUGGUUCCAGAACCAUCGCUAUAAGAUGAAGCGGCAGGCCAAGGACAAGGCGGCGCAGCAGCUGCAGCAGGAGGGCGGCCUGGGCCCGCCGCCGCCGCCGCCGUCGCCGCGCCGCGUGGCCGUGCCGGUGCUGGUCAAGGACGGCAAGCCGUGCCAGAACGGCGCGGGCACCCCGACGCCCGGCCCCGCCGGCCCGCAGCCGCCCGCCUCGACGCCGGCGCCCGAGCUCGAGGAGCUGUCGCCCAGCCCGCCCGCGCUGCACGGCCCGGGGGGCGGCCUGGCGGCCUUGGAUGCAGCCGCCGGAGACUACGGCGGCGGCGGCGUGCUCGGCGCCAACCUGCUCUAUGGCAGGACUUGGUGA